CACGACAUGUUUUCACCUCAACGACAUCGAACGUAGUAGCUGUCGUUCUUGUCUUGCGCUCUGUUCGCCCUUUUGUUCACAUAUUAGAGCUGCUAUGGGAUGAACCAGUAUUUUUGGUCCGUCGACCGGGUGGGUGCUACACCUGGCUUGUGGUUAUGUCGCAAUCGAACACCCCACGCUUCUACCUCAGCGAACCCUUCCAGAAUUUCUAUCACUGGCUAAAGGAAAACCACAAAUCGUCGGGCCACCCUGGAGACGCGCCAUUCCUGCCAUACGACCUUCUCAGUGCUCACCUGGAGUCCAAUGAAUGCGAGGUUCUCAACACAUUGCUCGGCGCCGUCUACGAAGGACAAGCGGUUCCGAUAAGUGCCAAAGGAGUCGUGAGCGCAUAUUCGAAGAUAUUUUGCAUUCUGAUAUACAUCGGGAAAAUUGAAUCUCUCCCAGUGUUUAUGGGGUGCGACGAUCUCAAUGAUCAACACCUCCCAUUCAGACUUCAUGCUCGUCCCAGUCAAUUUCCCUUUGAUCCAACGGCGCCGACAUUCUUUGAGGAUUUUUGCCAUGCACAAUGGAGCUUCUGCCCUCCGAGUAUCGAUGCCAACUGCAAUCGAAGACUCGAAAAGGACUACGUUCUGCCAUUCACCAAAAAGCAGCAGAUAGCUAAAGGUGCGAGUGCAACGAUAUCCACAAUUGAAAUAUACCCAUUAUACAAUACCCUUCCUACGUUAGCGCAUGCAAUAAACGAAUCCGCGACUAUCUUCGUCCUCAAAACAUACCAAGGCAAGGAUGCUGAGAAAUCAUGGACCAAUGAAGUGCAAACCUUUCAGAAGCUUCGUGCUGUAGGAUCGUCUCCGAAUGUCAUUGGUUUCUACACUGCGUUCAAACAUGGGAGCACUUGGCAUUGUAUCCUCGAAUAUGCAGACAGAGGCUCACUCGGACAAUAUCUCCAAUUGAAUAUGCCACCAAAAGACGGAAUAGAUAUUGCUCGGCUUUGGAAAAGAGUUCUAGGUUUGGUCAGGGGUUUGAAAGACUUACAUGAUGGUCAUGAAGUAAUAUUUCAUCAAGAUGUCAAGCCUGCAAACGUCCUCGUGUUGAGCGACUUAGGCAAUAGCUCCCAAUACGCCUCUGUAUUCAAGAUCGCAGAUCUUGGUACCAGUCACUCCAAGCGUAUCGUCCCCACUGACCAAGAUCACUCUGAUCCAGAUGCUCAAGGAACCCGUACCUAUGGUGCCCCAGAAUGCUAUCGACCCGAUUCCAUACUUGGCCAGGGAGGCUUGAGAGUGACGAAAGCUGUCGAUGUUUUUUCCCUAGGCUGUAUUCUUAGCGAAGUUGCUGUCUGGAUGAGCGGUGGUUAUAAAAAUCUGAUACAGUAUCGACAAGCUCGCCGGAAAGCCAUUAACCAAAUCCCGGAUUCUCACGAUGGGGACUGCUUCCAUAAUGGCAUCAAUAGGCUUCCAAUAGUUGGGGAGUGGCACAGGGAGGUUCAGUCCAGGCUCAAGUCCUCCGACGACACAUUUACACCGACUCUCAUUCCAUUGAUUGAAGAAAUGCUUCUAGAUGCAACGCAUCGGGGUGACGCCAAGACUCUCUGCACAAAGGCCCAUACAAUAUUUGCUGAAGCCCUGCAUGAUUUUCGCACACGCUCGCCUGAUCGAAUUAUCCCUGAUGACAUACUGCCACGCUCCUUGAGGGCGCAGGGCCAGAGGAUGGACCCUCCCGUGCGCCCCUACGACAAUCACCAGCGACCUGGGAGCACCGAGUUUACGCCUCCAUCCAUACACACCAACUCUGCGGCGAGUAGUUCGGAGAGUUCCUCUAAUCAAUCACAGCCUGAGUCACUUGUAAGGCUCCAAUCGACCUUAAUGUCGGGCAGCCAAGGAACACUACCAGGCGUGCAUGCAUUCGAAUCCGGGUCACGGUUGGGCAGGCACGGCCACGUCACCAGUGCCCCCCUUGAAGGCACGGCUACUCUCUUCGAGAAUUACGAUACAGAAACUCGUCGAUACAGUGAGCAGCCCGUUCACCCGAUCAGGCCCAAGAUCACCAGAGAUGGUCCUCAAAUAUCAUCCAUGAUCGACCGAGCACCAGGAAGCGCUUUAUUUGCAAGGCCAUCUAUUCCAUUUUCCCAUAACUCUGGACAUGCAGUAACGAAUGGUGAUGUCUUUGGACCAAACGCUAUGGAUAACUCGCAUGAAAGUGAGCCAUAUUCGCCAUUAACGGGAGCUGUAAGUCCACCUGUUCGACCUUCAACUUGUUGUCCAGUUGCUUUUCCAGCCACUCCUGUAUCGACGAAUUUGCUUGCGAACUCAAGGAAUCGGCGCUCAGUUGUCGCAAACAUGUCUAGGAACGAGGCAAUGUUGUGGCGAGACCGGAAGAAAAGCACUUCGAUGUGGAGUCGAGAUCCUGAUCCUGUUCUUCGUGACCAGUGGGUACUGAAAUUCUUGGAGGAUAGAGAUAGUGUGAUAAUCAUUGACGAUUCAGAGUCCAUGCGGAAGCAUCACUGGGAAGAUAUGACAGAACUUCUAGGCAUUAUGGCGUACAUGAUCAAGUCCUUCGACAAAGACGGCAUCGACUUGUACUUCGCUCAAUCAAAUGCCAAGCACAAUGAAGAUACUUCCUCAAAACUCGUUACCAUCGUCGAAAAGAGAAAACACGAGGAAGGCUUGGGCUACACCGACAUGAGUGUUCGGCUUGAACAGAUCUUAGGCGAGUACGCAAGCAAAAUUCAGCGCCAGAGUUGGCAAAAUAUAAUCACUCGCGGACUGAACUUGUAUAUCUUCACGGAUGCCAUAUGGACUCCAUUAUGCGACAUUGUACCGGCUAUAGACAAGAUGGUGGGUAAACUGGUUGCGUUCAACCUUCCGGAGAAACAGGUUGGCCUGCAAUUUAUUAGCUUUGGGGAUGAUGCCGAGUGCCUUAAACGGUUGAAGCUUGUGGACAACUACUUAGUGUCAAAACCCAAACUCCCUCACGACAUCGUAGAUACAACACCAGCUACCGGUAAUGUAUACAAGAUGAUUAGAGGUGCGAUCGAUCGGAACUUUGACUAUGCUUCGGAAGAAGCAUCAAGUUCCGCCACGAAUUCUUCCUAUUUGCCUCCUUAAAUACGUUGACAAUCUUUCUUUCUCGCCCAACCACGCACCCGGCAUUCUUCUGUCCUCGAGUAUUAUGGUUCCAUCUGGACCGAGAGCCGAAUCGCAAUGUGCGUGACCUUUCUCUAUCUGCAAGCUAUGCCCUCACUUUGAACCAUCUAUGUACAGAUAGGUAGAAACGUACUCCAAAACGACUCCCAAAUUACAACUUUGUGUUUACUGUAAAAGAGAUAUAUGUCUUGAAAUAUGCGCAAAUACUUGGGAGGGGGUUCAUUGGAAAUAUUUGUAAAUAGUGAACCAGCCCAGAUAGCGCGAACCAGUGGGACCUUGAUAUAUGUAAUAGUGCGGUGUAAGCAAAAUUUGGAAGUUGGCUAUAGAUCUAAACAGG